UCGAUGGAGGUCCUGGAUCAGAAGAGAGUGUGUUAUCCGCACCCGGGGCUAAUCUGAGGAGGGAGGAUCCCGAUCUGAGAGCGGAGUAAGAAGUAAGCGAUCAGGUUGCGACGAGUGACGGAGCUGAGAGGCGGCCGCUACGGCCGUCCAUUAGCUUUGAAUUCGCGGCAGCCGUUCGCACUCGAGCGCCGACCCGCUCGACGUAAUGGCGCCGACGGCCGAGGGUAAGGCCGUGGUCCUGGGCCUGUUAGCCGGGAUCGGGGCGGCCGGUCUGACGCUGGCCGCGGUGGCGUGGUACCACCGAAGGAGGGAGAGGGAAGGCGGCAGAGGCUGGGCCGAGGCGGUCGGCUACUCGAGGGGGCUGCGGCAGGCGGACAUCGUGGACAAGUUGGACGGGCUGAUCCGCGGCCUGGAGGAGCUGAAGAGAGAGGUGAAGAGCCUGAAGGAGACGGUGCCGCGCCUGGAGAAGCGAGUCUGCAGAGAGCUCGGUCAGGCCGGUCCCCAAAAGAGAAACAGCCCCGCACACACAGCGUCCAGGAAGAGGAAGAAGACCGCACGGAGCUCGGACGAAGGCGGCGCGGAUGUUGAAGCGGCUGGACAAGGUUCCCUGAGCUCCGAGGAAGUGGAGAGUGAAAAGGGUUACAUAACUGCGCACACAGAUACAGAAGACGAAUCUGAAGAGGACAGAUUGAAACAUUGCACUGAGAAUUCCAUACUUGGAGCUUCACUGAAAGAUGCACGUGAGGACAAUGACACCAGUGAAUUUGAUGCGCUGAUGCAGAAAGCAGAUCAACUGCAUGCCAGUCUCAUGGUAAAGAAAAAAGAAGGAUUCCAGUUACUGCUUGAGAAAAAGGACCAGUUCUGGGACAAAGUGGAAUUUCUGUGGCGACUAGCAAGGGCAUACAGCGAUAUGCAUGACAUUGCAUCGGAUGUAGAAGAGAAAAAAAACUAUGCUAUGAUUGGUAAAGAGUUUGCUUUGAAUGCUGUUAAUCUUGGACCAGAGUGUGCUGAUAGCCACAUGUGGCUUGCAAUUACUUGCGGCCAUCUUUCGGGCUAUGGAAGUGUGCAGACAAAAAUAAAGGAUGGUUUUUUAUUCAAGGAACAUAUCGAUAAAGCAAUUCAACUGAGGCCACAAGAUCCCAUUUUGCACUAUCUUCUAGGAAGAUGGUGCUAUUCUGCUUCUCAGUUGACAUGGAUUGAAAGAAAAGUAGCUACGGCCUUGUUUGGAGAGCCACCAAAUUCAACAGUACAAGAUGCUUUGCAAUGUUUUCUCAAGGUAGAGGAAAUACACCCAAGAUAUUCCAAAGCUAACUGUAUUUAUUUGACAAAGUGUUACAAAGAACUCGGACAGAACACUAAUGCACAAACGUGGUGUGACAUGGCUGCUACCUUUCCUGACACUGUAGAGGAACAAGAACUUCAAGAAGAAUUUGAAAGCCUUCUCUCUGUCCUCAAGCAAUGAAUUUUAUUCCUUUGAAUACAAUUCUGAAAAUGGUUUAAAUGUUUGAAUGAUAUAACUGCACUAUAAUUUUUCUUUGAGGAAAGGGACAUAAUUGUCACAUUCGAAAACCAGCACUGAGGAUCACUACUUUUGACUGGCACUGAAUUUUGCUUUAUAGAUUUAUUUAUUGAAUCAUACUAAAUUUGUUGAUCCUAACCUUAAUCUGUUAAGGCACAAAAGUGUAAGUAUCCUUGGUAUAACAGUUUAAAAAAAAUUUAAAAAUUAUGCACUAUAUUUUAAAAUAAUUUUAAUUGUAUUUACUGUAUAAUUUCCAUAAUUACUCUAAUAUAUCUAUAAUAUCUUUAACAUCUGUGAGAUUUUUUAAUAAUUUGCAGAUGCCAUUACUUGCCUUUUUCUAUAAAUGUUACUAGAGGUCCAACGUAAGAAAAAGUCUAAAUAUCAGCUUGCUUUUUUAUUUUGAUUGAAAGAACAUAAAUAUGAAAUUAUAUAAUUGAUUUCAAAAGAAUUACUUUGAUUUGCAAUAGUGUCUUAAAGUGUAUAAAUAUUUAAUCAAUUUUUACAAAAAUUAAUAAAGAUUUCACUGGUUCCAAAAUUUCUGUUUUCCAUAUUACAAACAAUAAAACUGUGUGUACAGCAGA